AUGGGUCGAGACGGCCAUAAGCACCGUUCCCGACGUGAUGAUAAACAUAAGAGCAAACGGAAAGAAGAUGAUGAUGAAAAGCGGCACGGACGACGCAGCAAACACGGCCGUGAGGACGAUGGCUCUUCAUCGCGCAAGAGACACGACAAGAAACGCAAGCAUCGACGAGACGAUGACUCGGAGGAAGAACGUCGUCGAAGACGAAAGAGGAAGCAUCGCCAUGGCGAUUAUUCUUCCAGUGAAGAUGAUGAUCGCAAACGACGAAAGCAUGAUAGUCGACGAAACGACAAGAAAAUCAGCAGUCGAAGUGACGACAAACGAAAGCUCAAGGACAAGAAAGAAAAGAAGGACAAAAAGGAUAAGAAAAGAGAAUCGAAACGUCCUGACAAGUCAAAGAUGCAAUCAUUGGGUCCAGCUUUGGGGAGAAAACCAGACAAGUUGAUUGAUCCAGUCGAAGAUUACUAUUCGUAUCAUGAACAUUUCUGGGUGUACUUGUAUCGUGAAGAAGGGGUUGCCUUUAAUGAUAUGACAUCGGAAGAAUCGAAAGAAGCAUUUGAACGCUUUGCAAAGGAAUACAACUCUGGGAACCUGGAACUAGAAUACUAUGGCGACAGGUUACCAACAGAAGUGAUUGAAGCUACCAAGACCACCAAACAUUCCUGGAGUUUCAGCAAUGUCUUGUCGGAUCGAGAGAAGAAGGGUCUUCAAACCGUUCAACAAGGUAUUAGGCAGCAAACAGAAUACAAUAGCAAAGGACCAGAACCAAAGGCGCCUCCUGGAGGUGCAGCCAUGUGCAAACCAACUGCUGCACCCAAACCAACCACAACAGUAGAACCUCCUACCUUUUCUCGCAAGACCCCAGAAGAGAUUCAAGAAGAACGAUCCGCCAACAAGCGCCUCCGGAAUCAUGUGCGAACUGUCGAAGAAGAACUCCAAGGCGGCCCCAAAGACUUUCGAGAACGCCAGUUGGAAAAGAAGCGGCAACAGGGCGAUCGCAUCCAUGGAGCAUCUCGUGCAAGAGAAGAUGCUGGGAUUGAACUGUCAGAUAGCGCUCUGUAUGGCGGCGACGAUAACGCCAAUCGCUUUGAAGGUGCUCUGGCCCGGGAAAAGGCUCGCAAGGCAAAACGAGCCGACGACCGGGCCAAUCGGAUUCAGGAGUUACAAGCCAAGGAGCAGGAGCGACAAGAAAACAUGUUGGAGAUGUUGGGUUUGAAGAAUCUUAAGCCGGGACAAAAGAUCACCAUUGCUCCCCGAAAGGAUGGGUGA